UUACUUGGCAUCACGUAACCUCAUAACUGCGAUACUGCCUGUGCUUUACAUGUAUUUGCAAGAAGAAUAUGAUCAGUGGAAUUUGCUGAGCUCUGCUCAGAAAAUUCCACUAAUCAUAUUGCUUAUUGCAAAUAUAACAGUUACUCGCUGA